GGUCUGAUUGGCUCCCCGGCUCGAUUCCGCUGCGAGUCGCAUCCUACCUGGUUGGGAGGUGUACUGCUUUGCCACUCUCCCCCGCCGUACUCUCCUGGCUGCUGCCUAGGUGCGAGAAAAAGUCCUAGCUUGGAGAACUGAGCGGAAAAAGCGAUCCUGAUGGGUUCUUGGAAAGCUUUUCUCUUCUCGCCUUUUCUUCUGUGGAGUCAAAGUAGAGUGGUGAGGCUGAUGUUCUUGUUACUGACCCUGCAUCUGGGAAACUGUGUUGAUAAAGUGGAUGACGAAGAUGAUGAGGAUUUAACAGUGAACAAAACCUGGGUCUUGGCACCGAAGAUUCAUGAAGGAGAUAUAACACAAAUUCUCAACUCAUUGCUUCAAGGCUAUGACAAUAAACUUCGCCCAGAUAUAGGAGUGAGGCCCACAGUAAUUGAAACUGACGUUUAUGUGAACAGUAUUGGACCAGUUGAUCCCAUAAAUAUGGAAUACACAAUAGAUAUAAUUUUUGCCCAAACCUGGCUUGACAGUCGUUUAAAAUUCAACAGUACCAUGAAAGUGCUUAUGCUUAACAGUAAUAUGGUAGGGAAAAUUUGGAUUCCUGACACGUUCUUCAGAAACUCAAGAAAAUCUGAUGCACAUUGGAUAACAACUCCUAAUCGUCUGCUUCGAAUUUGGAAUGAUGGACGAGUUCUAUAUACUCUAAGAUUGACAAUCAAUGCAGAAUGUUAUCUUCAGCUUCAUAACUUUCCUAUGGAUGAACAUUCUUGCCCACUGGAAUUUUCAAGCUAUGGGUACCCUAAAAAUGAAAUUGAGUAUAAGUGGAAAAAACCUUCUGUAGAAGUGGCUGAUCCUAAAUACUGGAGAUUAUAUCAGUUUGCAUUUGUAGGGUUACGGAACUCAACUGAAAUUUCUCACACAAUCUCUGGGGAUUAUAUUAUCAUGACAAUUUUUUUUGACCUGAGCAGACGAAUGGGAUAUUUCACUAUUCAAACCUACAUUCCAUGUAUCCUGACAGUUGUUCUUUCCUGGGUGUCUUUUUGGAUCAAUAAAGAUGCAGUACCUGCAAGAACAUCACUUGGUAUCACUACAGUUCUGACUAUGACAACUCUGAGCACAAUCGCCAGGAAGUCCUUACCUAAGGUUUCUUACGUGACUGCGAUGGAUCUCUUUGUUUCUGUUUGUUUCAUUUUUGUUUUUGCAGCCUUGAUGGAAUAUGGCACCUUGCAUUAUUUUACCAGCAACAAAAAAGUAAAGACUACUAGAGACAGAAAGCUAAAGAAUAAAAGCUCGCUCAUUUAUUAUUUUACUCAGAUGUCCCCUGGACUCCAUCCUGGAUCCACUCUGAUUCCAAUGAAUAGCAUUUCUCUGCCACAUGGAGAAGAGGAUUAUGGGUAUCAGUGUUUGGAGGGCAAAGACUGUACCAGCUUCUUCUGUUGCUUUGAAGACUGCAGAACAGGGUCAUGGAGGGAAGGAAGGAUACACAUACGCAUUGCUAAAAUUGACUCCUAUUCUCGAAUAUUUUUCCCAACAGCUUUUGCCCUCUUCAAUCUGGUUUAUUGGGUUGGCUAUCUUUACUUAUAAGUUUUAUUUACCAGGCAAAAAUCAUAAGAAGUUUAACUGAAUCCAAUAUAAUCUAUUGCACUUAAGUAAUAUGAAGUUUAAAUUUAAAAUGCAGAGAAACCAAUGGUUAAAAUGUAAAAGCAUUGUAACUAUUCUACAGAUUCAUAAAGUAGCAGCUUUCAUGUUAAUUACUUCACUGUAUGUAAAAGAGAUUAGUUGCAAAAUUCAGUAUAGUAAAAUACUAUUAUAUAUUUUUACUUUAAUCUUAUUUAUUUUACUUGUAUCCCAUUAGGAUUUUGAAUUUCUAAGUUCUGUGAUUCAUAUUUUAAAGAUGGAAUAUUUUAAUAACUUUAAUAAUAUUUUAUUUAAAUAUAAUCUAUCAUUGUUUGUAAUGGGAGCCUAAUCUCAUGCCUAAUGUUUAUGUAGUAAUUUUUUGCUUGGAAAAUAUUGUUAUUUUGAUUUUUUCCCCUUACUUUUUAUUUGUAUGCCCUGUUUGGAAUAGAGCUAGUUAAAACCAUAAAGCCAUGAUUUCCUGGCAUUUAUAUCCAGAUGUUUCACUCCCAAGAACAAACUAAAUCAGAAGAAAAGACCAAUUUUUACCUUAUUAAAAGGACAAUUUUUAUCUGUAUUUUAAUCAAGUCCAUUUCCUGACACAAUAUUAAAUAGAACUGUAGUUACUUUAGUUUUGGUGAUUUACAAACUAGGAUGGAAACCGCCAAAGUAAUUUCUUUUAAAUACAGGUGAAAAAAGUUACAUUUAACCAUUUUAUUCUCUGCCUCACAGCAUUUAUGAAGUAUGAAGUUAACACUGAAAUGUUUAGAUCUACCAACACUGAAAUUAAAUACAGAAAGAAUUGAUUUUUUCUUUAUGCUCUACAAAAGUGUUAACGUUCCCUAAGUGGAUGAAAAACAUUGAUGAACAGUGCUUGUAUUCACUCAUUGUGGGAAAAGAAUUAUUAUCUAGCAAAUUGAGUAACGGUUCAUAUUGAAGAUAUGGUCUUAAAUAUGUACUAUUAAUAAUUGCCAGACUAAAAACAUCCCAGAAAUAUAGUUUUAGGUGCGUGUCGUAUAUUGUCUCUGCCAGGUUCUAUGUUUGGACACUGUCAGUGUUAUAUCUUUGUUGUAAAUUGUUAUGAUGUUCUCUUUUUUAAAAAAAUGAGAGGAGGUUCAAAGAUGAUGGUAAAAGUGGAGUUCUAUUAGAGUACCUCUAAGGAACACGAGUGUUGGAGUUCUCUAGAUUCUUAAAAUAGGAGCUGAGAAAACCACACUAGAGUGUAAGGCCUCUUGGUUGAUAGUUUCCCAAAUGCCUCUCUCAUUAAGAGGAGAAUUAAAUUUAGGCUUUGGUCAUUACAUUCCUGUAAAUAGUUUGGCAUAUCCGUCGAUUAUAAGGACUUCACAUGCAUUCACCACCACCUAAUUUUUUGGGAAAUCACCAAAGUGAUCUUGGAGAUAAGCUUUAAAAAUUGUUUCCAUUGCCAAGAGCAAGCAUGAGGAUCAGGAGUUUUGUGAUCAAAGCUUAUCCUAGGGUAUGUGGGGGGAGCUAGGGCCUGUGCAUUUGAUACUAGUUUUGUUUUGUUUUUUAAUACAGUAAUUCUCCCCAUAUGGUUAGAGAAUACAUGAGUGAGGCUCUGGCAUGGUUAUGCUUAUCUUUAUAGAAUAUAUAGUUGUUUUUUAAUCUAAAUACAUUUCAUUGUGCAUUCCUCAGCUAAAUCAGAGUUUUUUCCUUUGAUUAUAAACCUCUGAAACAAUGUAAGCAUGAAUUGAGUGAUAAUGCCCAAUAUCCACCGACACUACUUUUUUCGAAUGGAGAGCCAAAUUAAACUUUGGCCAUGUAUAUAUUCACUUACAAAUUAUUCACGCAUUCAUUUUUAUAGCUGAGUAUUGAUGGAUAUUUUUAAUGUGAACAUUCAUUUAUGGAUAAAUGGAAAAUAAAGUAUCCAUGAAGGAUAAAACACUUCACUAAAAUGUAUUAUGGCUAUUUCCAUGUUCUCAGCUAUAACCUGUUCAUUUUCAUGAAGGCAAUUUUAAUUCUGGGAUUCUUCAAUUCUAUCUGAGCAUGACUGUAUUUUAAAAUACUUUAAAAUGCUUAAUAUAAAUAGCUUUGAUUUUCUCAUUGGUGUUCCAUUAACUUGGCUUUAAAUGUUAGCAAUAUUAACAAGUGGAAAUAAAAUUAAUAAAAAUAUGAAAGAUGCUUUACUAUACACAUUCAUUGUUUAGAUCAUUAAAACAAACACUUUGUUUUCAAAGCAAGUGGAAUUUUGAGCAGCUUUAUUUAAAUAUGUAGAUCAGAAAGAGAAGUGUGUAAAUCUUAGUAUUUAUAAUAAUGAGAAUAAAAGUUGCAAUAAAUCGAACUUAUUUUUAAAGGGAAUGCAGUCUAAUUCCUGUCCCUCUCUUCUUUCAAGAAGUUUUAUCAUCUUGAGAUACAGGUUUCUAAAAAAUCCUCCUUUCAGAGUUAUAUCUGAAUUUAUUGGGCUCCCUGGAGUUUGUGCUUCCUAGCUGCUUUAAAUGGUUGUAACACUAAUAUAGACCAAAGAAGUGGAUGUAGAGGAUAGGAAGGAUAAAUGGAGCAGAAUCAUUUGGGAAAACUUUAAUUCAUAUAGACCCAUCCUUUAAAUAUAUGACCAGGAUCUACAAGUUCUGAGAAGGGAAACUGUGACUGGCACAAUUUUAUUCUCUUGAAUUUACAAUUUCAUAAUAUUUUAUUUAUUCUUAAUUACAUAGAAAAACUUAGGCUCACUUGAAAUUAAUUCCUAAAAUGCCAAGUAGUUUCUGAGGGGAAAAAAAAGACAGACAGAAAGAAGGAAAGCAAGAGAAAAGAAAAGAAAAAAAGACAGCCUCCCUGAGAAUCUGGUAGGGAGAGGGCAAAAUUCCUCAGUAAAUCCAACCAAGUAUAAAGUUUUAAUGUAAAUAGAAAUCGGACAAUUUAUUGGAUGUUUUUUAAGUUAAAGACAUAGAUUUCAUUAGGGACCUAUUAAAACUGAUCAACUAUAGGUUAAAACACAGUAAAUGUGUGUAGCUAUGAAAUCACCAGGUUGUUUUUUCCUUUAGUGUUCCCAUAUCUGACAUUAAUAUACUGUCAUAGAAUAUGCUGCAAUUUUGCUUAAUAACAAGGCCAAAGUGGAGGGCUGCAUGCUUGUCAAUGAUCUAGCAUCAAAAAGAAUGAUUGAUAGUACUCUCAAAUCAAGGGGCCCAUAAUUGUAAAAUGGGAAAUUGUAUUCCAAGUCAGUAUGUUGUGUUUUGUUUUGUUUUUAAAAGAUUCUAUGUAUUGGGCGCCUGGGUG